AUGCUCAAAGCUGGAAUCGUGGUUGUGGCACUUUUGGCCACAGUCUUCCAGGUCUUCCUGAAGGAUGCCGUCUGGAUGGGCCUUGGCAUUGGCAAGACCAUCCAACCUCUCUCCGACUUUCCAUACACCUGCCGACGCAUUGAAGACCCUCGACUGGAAGCAUGUGAGGAUAUGUGGCUGUCCGAGACAACUCGACAGUUGUUCCUUGCCUGCUCAGAUUCAGACAGCCGGUCUAAAUGGAUCCCGAACGGUGGGAAGUAUGACCCCUCUGGACAAUCCCAGAGGGAUGCUAUUGUUGCCCUAGAUCUUGACCUCCCCCAUCUCGACGCGUCCAGCGUUCGCGUUCUCAAGACUGAGGGAUACACCGGCACCGCUGGAGACCGCCUGCUGAACCUUGUUGGUUUUACCGGCUUCGAGUCGACUGAGAAGGGCGAGGAUAAAAUCACAUUGUUCGCCGUGAACAACCGCCCUCCCCUCGAUCUGCGGACGGGGAAACCGAAUAUCAACCCGGGUCAAGUAGGAGCCAAUUCCACAAUCGAGGUCUUCGAGACCAGCGCCGGCGCCGCUUCCUUAAAGCACAUCCGCACCUACGCCAAUGAUGCCAUCGCGACACCCAACCGUGUGGCCGCUCUCGCCAAAGACCUGUUUUACUUUACGAACGACCACGGACAGGACAAGGUUGGAAUCAAGCACCAGUUGGGGUUCAUCCUCAAGACAGGCGACGUCAAUGUUUGCACUGCAACUGGCGGCUGCAGAAAGAUCGCCGACCAACUCAAGUUUCCCAACGGUCUCGCUCUCGGUCGCGAUGGACUUCUCUACGUCCCAAGCGUCGGUACAGGUGGAAUUCAUGUCUACAGGAUUCUCGAGGACCACAACAUCAAGCAUGUUCAAGAGAUCAAAACCGGAUAUAGCAUCGACAACCUCUCUGUUGAUCAGCAUGGCGACAUUUUCGUUGCUGCAUUUCCAGUCGCCUUCGACAUGGUGAAGGCUUUCGAUGACCCGCGCAACUCUUUUCCAGCCGCCGCUGUACUGCGCGUGAGCAAGGGUGAGAAAGGAUAUACCGUCGACAAAGUGCUUGAAGAUGCGCGCGGUGAGGUGCUUCCUGCGGCUACGACGGCUCUUCAUGAUGCCAAGACGGGCAGGCUUUUCCUGAGCAGUGUCAUUUCACCCUUCAUCGCCGUUUGCGAGCCAAAGCGGUAA